AUGGCCAAAUUCAGCCUGGGCUCGUGGCUCACCACGAAAAACAAUGGUACCAGCGAUGUCGAACGGAAACGGCAGAACCGAAGGACCUUUUCGGGAUUUUCGUCAUCCUCGUCUUCGGCUUUCAAGGCCAGUGGGAACGGCGCAGGGACUGGCAAGGUCUCGAACGUUGAGAAGGAAACACGCGUGAGCGGGAAGUCCGACCAGAAUUCACUCAGCACAUUGGAGCCUGCCUCUGACGUGGCAAACGAUACAGCGCAACCGCCUGUCUCGUCCACGGCGAACAUGGUCGCUCUUUCGCAGAAGAUUGCGAAGGAGACCGAAAAGCUGGAGACGUAUAUGAAGCAAAAUGGUCUCGUUAUGCCGUCAUUUGAUGUGGAUGCUGCAGAUGAUUUCCCCAAGUUGCCAGAAGAGAUCCAGAGAAGCAGACUGGAGAUCAUACAUGCCACGAAGGAGCUGCGAGAUCUGGCGGUUGGACCUCGUGAGAGUGUGAGAUGGGGUGUGUGGGAGUUCCUUGACGUCCUCGCACUGCAACUGAUCAACAAUUAUGGAAUUGCCAAACUCGUCCCACUCGAGAAAUCCAUAACACUGGCGGAACUCCAGUCCCUUACACCCCUCGACCCCGUCAACCUGGCCCGCACCCUCCGCAUGGCAAUGACCAACCACAUCUUCUGCGAACCCUCUCCCGGAGUGAUUGCCCACACUGCGGCGUCCCGCCUUCUGGCCACCGACUCAGAGCUCGCGGCAUGGGUGGGCUUCAACGCUGAGGAUAUCUUCCCGGCCUCAGGGCACAGCCUUCAGGCGCUACGGCAAUUCCCCGAGGCCACCUCGCUGACCCGCAGCGGCUUCCAGUUCGCCUUCGACACGGUCGACAAGGAGCCCAUGUUCGUCACCUUCGGCAAGGACCAGGACCGGGCCAAGCGGAUGGGCCGAGCGAUGGCGAGUCUGACGGGCGGUGAGGGCUACGAGGUCAGCUUUUUCGUGGACAGCUACGACUUCUCAGAAGUUGAUGCGAAGAGUGGCACCUUUGUGGACAUUGGUGGCAGUCACGGGUUUGUAUGUGUCGACCUCGCGAAGAAGUGGAAGAGCAUGAAGUUUGUGGUGCAGGACCUGCCCAAGACGGUGACGAGUGCGCCCAGCCCGGUGUGCGAGGAUGACCAGGUGGCUGAGAGGGUGGAGUUCAUGGCGCAUGACUUCUUCACAGCGCAGAGCGUGAAAGGUGCAGAUGUAUACUACUUCCGAUGGAUCAUGCACAACUACUCCACUCCCUACGCCGUCAAGAUCCUCAAGAACCUCGUGCCGGCGCUGAAACCAGGCGCUCGCAUCGUCAUCAACGACCACUGCCUGCGCGAGCCGGGCCAGGAGAACGCUUGGGAUGAAACGAUCAUGCGCCGCAUGGACAUGGUCAUGCUCGCGCUGCUCAACGCACAGGAGCGCACCGAGGCCGAGUUCAGGGAGCUGUUCCGCUUGGCGGAUGAGGGCUUCGUGUUUAAGGGAGUUACGCGGCCUAAAGGCUGCCGCAUGAGCAUCAUCGAGGCCGUGUGGCAGGGCGAGGAUAACGCCUCCAAAGUGGUGGACGAGAGCGAAGUGCAGGAGGCAUAG